CAGUGGGCGCGUCCAGUAAUGACUCCGGGAACCCGUCGAGUAACAUGACUAAAAAGAAGCGGGAGAAUCUGGGCGUCGCUUUAGAGAUCGAUGGGCUGGAGAAGAAGCUGUCACAAUGUCGGAGAGACCUGGAGGUCGUGAACUCCAAGCUGUGUGGGGUGGAGCUGAGCUCAGAGGCCAGGAGGUCUCUGGAGAAGGAGAAAAGCAGCCUGAUGAACAAAGCCUCCAACUAUGGAGCUGAAGCUGCUUCGGCGGGAGAACCGCAAGAACACGCUGCUGUCUGUCGCCAUCUUCCUCCUCCUGACCGUCGUCUACACCUACUGGGCCGCGUGAGGCUGCGGUUUCUCCCGUCAGCCCUGGCUUCCCCUCAGCUCCGUGAUCACGGCCAAGUAGGCCCUUUGAGCCUCAAGAGGACCAAGGUACAAGGGCUGUUUCUCCCUGACCCAGACAUUGGAGCAGGGCUUCCCAUCAGCCUGGCCCCUCUCGCCUCCCAUUCCCGCUGUGGGGCUUGGGGCUCCAGAAGGACUUUGUGCUUAGCCCAGGGGAAAGGCAAUAAAGAACCUGUGUGCCGAGGAAAUGUCAUGACCCGAUGGCAGUGGGGUGGCAUUCAGGAUUCCAGGGAGGAGAGGGGCUGUGAAGGUAAGCCCCCAGCCCAGGUGGGGAAUAAGGCGGUGACAAAGCGCCUGCUCAGGCGGAACCACGGUGGGAGCGACGUCGAGAGCUUGGGCUGCUCUGCCUCCCAUCAGUGCCGGCCUGUGAUCACAGCAGAAAAAGUGUAGCCGGUGCGCUGAAGGGCAACCUGGGACUCCUGCUUGUGUGGUGGUCCCACGAGGGCAGAGUUAAUCCAUGAUCUUCAAGAGGCAGCAGGCCUGGUGAGGCACGGCAGAGCCAGUGGGCAUCCGGGGCCACGGUCACAACCAGACAGGCUCACAGUGAGUGGCCAGGAAACCUGGCGGGAUUUGCAGGUGGGGCAAACGCAGGCCACCCCGCCCCUGCUCACAGCCUCUCCUCCAGCAGAGGCACGGGAGGCUGGAGCAAGGCCGAGGAGGGCAAGCAGCAGGAUGCAGGGGCUUGGGAGCCGAGAUCACACCAAUUCAGUCAGAAAAGCAGGGAAAGGCAUUGUCCUGGGCGCUCAGGCCGUGGAACGGGAAGGAAGGACCCAGGCGGUGUGUAGGCGGAACGCUCUAGGGGAAGACCUGCCGGGUGACAGGACCCGUGGAGAAACGUGCGCCUAGAGCAGAGGGGGCGAGGCGCCCGUGGCCUCCAGCGCAGACGCGGAGCCAUGGCUCCCUCCCCGUCCGUGGCACUAAUUGGUCUGACGCCUCUGUUGUUUUAGUCACACUGACCGAUCCCGGGUUGUCACGGGCGCCGCUGGGAGUAGCUGAGUGACUGGUGUGAGGGGGCGGGGCCUCAUUCUCCAGUCCCUGCUUCUCACAGGGGCCACAGCAUUUCUGACUCUUCCUUGGGCCCCUCUUUGGCAGCAAGCAGCAGCCGUGGGAGCCCUGAGCUCGGACACGGCGCUGAUUAAACCAACCCUCUCUUCCCCCCUCUUCACUGAGGAGAGCUUCCUCCCCUUCACCUCCAGCCCCAGCUGUUUCAUCCAAGCCAGCCCCAGACCACAAAGCACAGAGGACACACAGCAGCAGCCCCAGCACAGAACCACACAGGCGUUAAAAAUACGUUUGUCUUUAAUGAUCCAAGGUUCUGCAAGACACACUGAUACCCAGAAUUGGGUGGAAAUACAGCAUCUCAGCGGUGCUGCUGACAACCUGGGGGGAGGGGCUAGAUGCUGGCUGGAGACCCCUGAGGUGGAGUCAGUUCCAACCUCACGGGAAGCCUCAGUGCCCUCUAUCUCCAUGGAAACCAGUCUAGUACUGGGAUGAGGCCCUAGGGAGCCCCUGUGAGCAUCUCCGAGAGGUAUUUCCCAUUAAAAAUAACCACAGGUUCCCUCCCCCACCCAAAGCUACUGCCUAGCUUCCCCCUCCGCCCGCCAAGAUAGAGGACAUGGAGUGACCACAUAAGGACAAA